GUUGGUCGCGAAACAGAAGACGGUAGUAGAGAUGGAGCAGAAGAAAGAGACGACGAGGACGAUGAGUGAGGAAGCGAAAGAGAGAAUUUCAGAGAGACUGUCACGUUUGGAGAACCUUUACUUUCCGCGCGCGCUUGAAUCCACUGUCUCUCUCCCUUCUCAACGCAAAUCCAUUUUCCACGAUCUUCUCUCAAGAGACGUUGCUCUUUUCUUAGAACGAUACGGUUCCCAGCUUACGUGCAAUGAACUUACUGAAUUUGACGCGAUGAAAGACGAUUAUGAGAUUAAUUGGCACAUGAAGCGGUUGCGGAGCAUAAUGAGUCCGUCGGAGGAGGAGUUGAGGAUGAGGACGGUGACGGUGAAGAACCGGAGGCGGGCUUAUUUGGAUAGAUUGGUGUGCGGUGGGCACUACUUCUCUGAGGAUGCCAUGAGGGAGAGAGAGCCGUAUCUGCAUCAUGAGUAUGUGGGCAAGUUUCAGGACCAGAGCAGCAGAGGCAUGGCAAGGCCGGGGGAGCGGUGGUCGGAGACUCUGAUGAGAAGGUGUGAGGAAGCGGCGCUGGUUGCAAAAAUUAGAGGGGAGCAGCAGAGGAUGGGUGUGCCGGAAAGAGACUGGGUUGGUAAUGAAAUAUUUCAAGAGGAGGAGGAGGAGGAGGAAGAAGAAGAAGAGGAGGAGGAGGAAGUGGAUGAAGAGAUAGGUGGUAGCAAUGGACAGCCUGUAGAGGGACACCAUAAUGGGGCUGAUGUAAAUCAUGAUUCCCUAUCCAAUCCGGACAGGGUUAGUUUGGAAGCAAGUGUAUCUGCAGAAGAACUGGAAGACAGGAUGGAUCAAUUCACCUAUAUUAUGCAGCAGAAGUUUCUUUUAGGGGAAGAUCAGGAGCAUCUUGAUUACUCUAAAAUAGAUAAUGACGAGACCCUUGACGAUCAUUGGCAGAGGGAGGCCAAUAUUGAUGCGGAGGAGAGAUAUUUUGCCGAUGACUAAAAUAUGGCUUCAUACUACCAUACAAUCUACCCUCUACUUAAAUGAACUGCUCAUCUGUAUAUUCUUAAUAUAAACGUCUCUUUAAUUUUCUUCAAUACGGCUGUCCUAUGAAGCUUGGUAUGGGUCGCCUCUUGCAA